AUGCCACAAAGUAUCGAAGAAGAAGAAGUAGAAGAUGCCUAUCAAUCUGAUGCAAGUGAAUACAUUUCAAGUGAGAUCGAGUAUAUUGCGAGUGAGAAUAGCACAUUUCACGGGUCUCAACUGCAGUCUCCUCUUUUAUCGAGUGUUAAUCUCACAUCUCCCUCUAUAAGGACACUUAAUAUUCCCGAUACUGAAGAAAGUGAUGAUGAAAAUGAUGUACAAAUAUUAACUGCUGCCGAAGCUGCAGCCGAAGCAGCUCAAAAACGAGACAAACAUUCUACUACAUUUCGUAAACGUAAACGUCCUGGGAAAAUGGAGACAAAACCAGAGCCUACAGAGUGUACAAUUUGCUGUGAAGCCUGUACAAUUGGAGGAUGUCAUCGUCUUGUGGUACUAAAAUGUGGUCAUUUGUUUGGUAAAAAAUGCAUUGAACGCUGGAUGAAUGAGGAACACUCUACAUGCCCCAAUUGCAAUGCAAUUGUAGAUAAGUUGGAUAUUCGUCCAUUGUUUACUGAUCAUGUGGCAGUGGUGGACAAUUCUGGACUUGUCGAGAUGACGAAAAAGUACCAAGAAGAGAAAUUAAAGAACAGUGAGCUGGAGAAAGAUAUCAAGACUUUAAAGACACAUUUUGACAUACAGACAAAGGAGGUCUUGGGGCUGAAUAUGGAGCUGAUUAAACUCAAAAAAGAUUUUGCAUUGAUAAAACAAAAGAUGCUCGCUGAUGCUACUACUGCUGUCAGUUCUUCAACUGUUUUUGGAUGCUGGCUGGGUGCUUCAUCUAUCACAUCACCAAGACAAACGACUGUGCAAAGAGUCACGCAGUCCCAAAGCGCUUUUUCACAAGAGACAGCACCUUAUCGUACAAUUGAUUUGCCUGUCGUUUCCACUAUGCCGUUCUCCACGGAGGAUACAUUUGCUGCUGAUAUACGACAGUACAAGCCGAUUUUCGACGUUCCCUUGCUAAGUGCGCGCGUAUUCAGCAUCCAUCGAACAUGCUCGUUCUUGUGUAUUGGUGAAAAGUUUGAUCAGGAUUCGCAUGGUGUCAUGCUGGUUGUCACGCAAGAUCCAAAAUAUAGACUGCAUGUACCAGUACAUAGUUCUGCCGUGCGUGAUAUCUGUGUUCACCCGAUCAACAGCAGUGUUCUUACGGUAGCAUUUGAUGGCAAGCUCGCUGUGACCGAUUGCUACCAAAAGAAAGUGAUUUUGGAGGUGAGCUUUCCUGCUGGCAAACGGCAAGGUUGGUCCUGUUGCUUUAGUGAAUCCGACCACAAUGCAAUGUAUUGCGGAUUUCAAGACGGCACCGUGGCCAAAUACGAUAUGCGAAAGCCGACCGCAGGUGAUGAAGGCAUUGUGCAGACUUUUUCACUCCCGGAACGACAACCGGUGCAUUCAAUCAAGCUAUUUAAAAGCGACGAAGGGCGUAGCACUGAGGGUCUAGCAGCAGCUACAUUCCACGGGCUCUCAGUCUGGAACGAUGUUACAAAUAUCUUGAGUGAAGAUGAUACACCUAUCAACAAUGAUUCCGCUGGAAUUGCACCCUUUUUGCACGUUCCAAGUGAUCAAGCGUACUUUUCGCUUUCGUCCAACCAGCUUCACACGGACCAAGUGGUGAUUUCGUCGCGUUCGACACCGAUGAAGCACAGCGUGUUCGAUUUGUGCACAAUUGGAAGCGGCCAACUGGUGCCAAAAAUGGAGUUUGCUGGUCACAAGACAGCCUCUGUAUUAUCUCGGUCAGCACUAUGGACUGAACGAAAUGGUUCCUCGGUAGUAGCUUCAUGGUCUCAUGAUAUUGAGCGUGUCACGCUAUGGAAUGGUGCUACUCAUCGUGAGGUAUACGGCCCAGAGCCCACACCUUUGAGUAUGGCCAGUGCCGCCGUGCCAGUGGUAGAUAUUCAACACGCCGUGGUAAACAACGAUUGGAACGCUGGCAAAGCUCUCUUUGGGACAAUGACAUCUCGGCAGCUGUGCGUAUUUUGCUCAAGUUAA